AAAAAAAAAAAGAUGAGAUUGAUUAUUCGUGAAGAUUAUGAUGAGGUAUCUGAAUUUGUAGCAAACUAUAUCAAGGAACGCAUCAAACAAUUUGGACCUACAGAAGAAAAACCCUUUGUCCUUGGCCUGCCUACAGGUUCCUCGCCUAUUGGUGUCUAUAAGAGGCUGGUAGAGAUGUACAAGGUAGGCCAAGUCAGUUUCAAGCAUGUCGUCACUUUUAAUAUGGAUGAAUAUGUGGGAUUACCCCGUGACCAUCCAGAAUCCUACCAUUCGUUUAUGUGGAAGAAUUUGUUUAUGCAUGUUGAUAUUCAGCCAAGUAAUGUUCAUAUCUUGGAUGGUAAUGCUCCUGAUUUAGAUGAAGAGUGCAAAAAGUUUGAAGCAGACAUAGCGUGUGCAGGAGGUAUUGAGCUCUUUUUGGGUGGUAUUGGCCCUGAUGGCCAUAUUGCUUUUAAUGAACCUGGGUCUUCCUUGACUUCGCGAACACGCGUUAAGACCUUGGCCUAUGAAACGAUUAUUGCCAAUGCUCGCUUCUUUGAUGGCGAUAUUGCCAAAGUGCCCAAAUUAGCCUUGACUGUGGGUGUGGCCACUGUGAUGGAUGCGCGUGAAGUGGUUGUGCUUAUUACAGGUGCACACAAGGCUAUUGCAUUAGCAAAAUGUAUAGAAGAAGGCGUCAAUCAUAUGUGGACAGUCUCUGCUAUUCAAAUGCAUCCAAAAGGUCUAAUCGUGUGUGAUGAAGAUGCUACAUUAGAACUCCAUGUGAAGACUGUGAAAUAUUUUAAAUCCAUUGAACAUGUUCAUCACUCACUUAUUGGGUCAGAAAACUUAUCGCUUCAAGGAGGAGUAAAGCAGCUAAGAACUGUGUUAUCCUCUUCUAGCCAUAGACCUUCUACUCCUAUGGAAUAAAUUCUUUCAGUCACGAAAUUUUUUCUUUUCUUUUUCUUUUCUUUCAUUGAAACACUAUGGACGUCUCUUCUCAUAAUAACUGGGAAUCAGAUAAUGCACAUGGGGCUAAUCGUCGUCCUAUGCGAAUGUCUGGUAGAGAAGAUGGAGGGAACAAUAUUCCCUUCUCUAAGAUGGUGUUUGAUGGUAAACGAAUGAGAAAAGCAAUCCAAAGAAGAACCGUCGAUUAUAAUCACAGUGUAGCAAGGUGGAUGCAGGUUAGAUCCUUUUUUGAAAUAAACUACUUGAUCUUCAAACACGAUUUCUUUGUUUUUCUUUGUUGUUGCUGUUGUUGUGCUUGUAUAUAUAUUGAUUAUGUCUAUAGGAACGAGUAUGGAUUCGUG